UAGCUUACUCUAUAUUUUCUAAUCAAUUAAAAAUAAGAAAUGAAACCUGUUUACAUUUUGUUUAUGGCUAUAGCUUGUGGUAAAGCGAAUUAGAAUUCCAUUCUGAUUCGAAACAAUGUGCAAUGACGUGUCCCAUCUCUAUGCGACCGAGAGGGUCACAAUGCCGACGCUUCACAUGGAACUCCAGAACCCAAGAGAUAUGUCCAGAACUCUCAAUAAAUCGUCAGUUCUUGAUCGACAGACAACGAGAGAGACAGCAUUAUUAUGGCAAGCUUUUCAUUAAUCUUCCCUGAAGACAGACGUUGUUCCAUUAAGGACAACGAAGUCAAUUCAGGGUGGAUGUCAACGGUGACCCAACUCAACACCCUUGGUGGUCCAGAGUCAGAGAGUCAGAACAUUGUUCAGAGCUUUGCAGAGGUACUUGGUGACAAAUACCACUACGAGAAUGCAAUCGACAGCUCUCUGCACUGGACUGUUGGGUACACCCCCUACAUUCCCCCAGCUCUGAAAGGAAGAAGCUUCCCUUCUGCCGAGAGCUUCUUCCUGGAUGAGUGGGAGCCACUGACACUCCUGCAGACUCCUCAGGUUCUGUCCACCAGUGUUUCCAUCGAGGAAGGAAGACAACCUAGUGUGUUAUCCAGUCUGAUGCAGUCUGCUGGCCUAGUGUCUCAGGUUCUGUCCACCAGUGUUUCCAUUGUGGAGAAUGACUUGAUCCAGUCUGCUGCAGGCCUAGUGUCUCAGGUUCUGUCCACCAGUGUUGUCAUCGUAGAGAAUGACCUGAUCCAGUCUGCUGCAGGCCUAGUGUCUCAGGUUCUGUCCACCAGUGUUGUCAUCGUGGAGAAUGACCUGAUCCAGUCUGCUGCAGGCCUAGUAUCUCAGGUUCUGUCCACCAAUGUUACCAUCGUGGAUAAUUACCUGAUCCAGUCUGCUGCAGGCCUAGUGUCUCAGGUUCUGUCCACCAGUGUUACCAUCGUGGAGAAUUACCUGAUCCAGUCUGCUGCAGGCCUAGUGUCUCAGGUUCUGUCCAGCAGUGAUGCGAGAGUGAAGGAUCAUGAUGAUUCCACACUGAGAGACUCCAACCAACCUGAGGUCCAUGUGGCUGAUGUCUCAACCAAGAGAAGUAGACUAGUCAUCACUAUUUCUAUGUUUUCAACCGUGAGUUGCAAUGCUUCGGUCCAUGAAGUUGAUGCUAUUGCUACCAGCCUGGAGCACUCUGCUGAGAAAAUGUCUACCUCUACCGCUGAUGGCCACAUUGUUUCAUCCACUACUGUAGCCAAUCAGAAGAAAACAAGGGGUGGAUUCGUCUCAUCUCUACGGACACUGUUCACAAGAAAGAACAGGAUGCCUGCUAAAGUGGCUUCCAAGAAGGAGUACAUUCACUUGGUUGACCGCCUCAAUGCUGAAGUCACCCACUGAGGACACUCACUCACUGCUGAAAGCAUCCAGAAUGAUGCUUGUGUUUCUCCUCAACGCCACCUACACCCCUGCCCCUCUCCCCCACACCAAACCCUACCAGGGUUGAGGUGAAUUCCAUAUCAAUUCAGUCCAUUCAGCAAGUCAACUGAAAUACCAAUUCCAAUUGUUUCUCAUAGGAGGCAAUGAGGUACAUUUGAAUUGCUAUCGGAAUUUCAGUUUACUUACUGAAUUGACUGAAUUUAAAAUGAAUUGACCCCAACCCUGAUCCCUAAGCCCCCACCCCAUCCAUUUAUAUCUUCAGUAAAUUUUGUAGAAUUUUAUUUGAAGUUGUUUUGGAUCUUCAUUAAAACCACAAUACAUCUCUAAUGAGGGUCACUCGUGUUACACAUCUAGAUUUAUCAUCAAAUAUCGUAGAAUUCAACAACAAAUGCAGUGGUUUAGCAGUUCAACUUCAGUACUUGUCAAUGAGUCACUGCACUGUGACCUUCAGAAACAUGUAACAUUGUGGAAAAACUGUAAACUUUUGCUGACAUUCGGUUACAAUGUAACUACACUGAACAAAAAUAUUAGCGCAACAUGUAAAGUGUUGGUGCCAUGUUUCAUGAGCUGAAAUAAAAUCCCAGAAGUGUUC